ACCCGUCCACGAACAGCAGUAGAGAAACCACUUCACGACGAACGGAGGCUAGAGCGAGGUCUUUAAGCAAGCAGAUACGAACGGAGUCCUUUAGAUAGCUACUUUCGUCAGGAUAAGGAGACAAAAUAUCGGGGCAUUGUUUUCGUUUUGGAGACUUAAUACAAGCGGACUAAGCGCAAAUCGUCUGAGAUUGUACGGAUUUUUAUAAAUUAUGCCGGACGACUGUGUACUGUUGGAAGACUAUUUCAGCCACCCGAAUGCGGAUGCGUUAUGCUAACGGCAGACUCGGGGGUUUCUUGAAGAUGAGAAGCAAAUAUACAGAUGGUUUAUUUUUUUGUUGAUGAAUGUACAGUGAAAGCUGGAUGUGUUACAAUUUAAGAUGUUACCUUGACACGACUUCUAAUUUAAUAUUGUAAGAGCCCAACAGCAUAGACAUAAGUGUUUCGUUAGUUAGCUAACCUACCUAGCCAGCUAAGAGGCGGGUGUCGCUUCUAAGAUAGACAGCUAAGCGUGUUAGCCAUGAAAAUGUUCCGCAAGUGUUAGUUUGUAGUUUUAGAGUACUUAAAAGUUUGUCUAGCCAGGGACAUUGCUGCUGCGGUCAACGUUGCUUUGGCUAGCUAACUAACAAAGUCAGUUUUGCGUGUGCUGACAGCGUACAGUUUGGCGUUGAACACAAACCUGCAGGGGCACGUUUUAAUGCAUGCUUCAUAGGAUUUUUUGUGAGAAACUCGCAAAGCAAGCUAACGUUUUGCUGGCUAUCUGGCUAAUUUCCUUUUCGAGCGCCCCCUCCCCCUCCAUCAGGUAGCCAGUCAUAAAGCAAUAAUAUAAAGCGAAAACGUUAGUUGGCGCGGCAUACCAUUCAGGAAAAGGCCUUAUAAAGCUAAUACUACAGAGUAUUGUGGUCUAAUCGAUAUGUGAUGAGAUUGUUGGAACUGUAAGACGAUUUAAGCUACAACUUUGUGUCACUUAUUUUUAGCGAGGUUUCUUAGCGGCUUGUGAGCUUUAGCAUUUAGUUUGUAAAUAGCCAGUUUGGUUGAGCUUGUAACGUUAACCUACUUGUCCUUCCUCACGGACUCAAUUGGUCGGACGAACAGUUGUCGUAACAACACCCUUCUCUGUUGUCAACCAAGAAAAUGGAGAAGCGGUAGCGUUAGCUGGCUUGAAAGUCGAGAUGCAGUUGCUAGCUAGUACAAUUUUGUGAAAGUUGCAGUUAAUGCCUGUUAAUGCUUAGGUAGUGGCUGUUAAACCAGUCAGCUUACACGCCUGUUUCGCUACCUUUGCAAAACAGGAUAGUUAGCGAGCUAGCUUAGCUAGUUAACCAGAUUGCGUCGCCUCGACAUAGCCUUUAUUUUAUUUUAUUUUUUUUUCAGCAAGGUCUGGUCCGUAACCCACAGGAAACUAACAUUGGCUCCGUCUUUGGCAGAGAAGUAAUUUAUCGGAAGGAGAAGAACAUUUAGUCUGCCGUGAGCUGGUACAUUUGGCAUUGUCUUGUCUUUAAAUUCACUGAAAUUUUGAGCACAUUGUAGUUGCCCAUACGUUUUUGUAAAUCCUUGUGGCGAGCUGGCUUGCUCUUGAUUUUAGCAUAACUUUAAGCUCUGAACUUCCUUUUAAGAAUACGGAUGUUAUAGUUGUGUUCACUGUUAAUCAGAUUGGAUUUUACUGUGCGCUAUUUUUGCACCGCAUCAAAAUUUAAGAGAUCCGGAUGUUAGAAGAGGACUUCAGUUUAUGUCAGGGUUGCAUAGGCUAGCUAUAUUAGCUAGCUAGCUAACAAUAUUUUCAUGUGUGAAUUUACGUUUGCUCACUUAGCUCGAUUUUGACAGUCAUAACCAGCAGGUGGGUUCUCGCAGUAAGCUCGAUGUGAAAGGGGGUGGGGGCCGAAGAAGAAAAAUCGAAUCAAUAGUAUCCAUACUCUUAUAGUAUCUAACUGCGAUUAUUUUGGAAUUGUUGCCCUUUUGUUCAUACAUUUUUUUAAACGAAGCAACUAACCAGCAGACGCCGCUUGCCGUAGAGACGCUGUCUUUUUCCCCUCUUCGCGUGAAUCUUGUAUUAUCUGUCACAAUGACUGUUUUUUGAGAUCGGAAAACCGUCAGGCUCGACUCCAUGCUCACUCCGGACUCCCGCAUUGCCGCUGCCGUCGAGCUAUUUUGCUGUUGAUUCCACCGCCUUCUCAUAUUUGAUUCCCACCGAACCUUUCUGCGCCUGGUUCUGUAUCGAUUCGGUCGACCCGGGGUUGAAGAUGGCGGACCUAGAAGCAGUUCUCGCCGAUGUCAGCUAUUUGAUGGCGAUGGAGAAGAGUAAAUCUACUCCAGCGGCCCGGGCGAGUAAGAAAAUCAUCCUACCCGAACCCAGUAUUCGGAGUGUAAUGCAGAAGUACUUGGAAGAGAGAGAUGAGCUCACUUUUGACAAAAUCUUCAAUCAGCGGAUUGGGUUUCUGCUGUUCAAGGAUUUCUGUAUGAAUGAGAUAGACGAGGCAGUUCCCCAGCUGAAGUUCUACGAAGAGAUUAAAGAGUACGAGAAGCUGGAUUCAGAGGAAGAGAGGCUAAGUCGCAGCCGGCAGAUUUACGACGGCUACAUAAUGAAGGAGCUCCUUUCAUGUUCGCAUCCCUUCUCUAAGACAGCAGUGGACCAUGUCCAAUCUCACCUGGCUAAGAAGCAGGUGCCUCCAUCCCUUUUUCAGCCAUACAUUAUGGAAAUCUGUGACAGUCUGCGUGGGAAGAUAUUUCAGAAGUUCAUAGAAAGCGAUAAGUUCACUCGUUUCUGCCAGUGGAAGAAUGUAGAGCUAAAUAUUCACUUAACAAUGAACGAUUUUAGCGUUCAUCGGAUCAUUGGUAGAGGGGGCUUUGGAGAAGUGUAUGGCUGUAGGAAGGCAGACACAGGGAAAAUGUAUGCCAUGAAGUGUUUGGAUAAGAAGCGGAUUAAGAUGAAGCAGGGUGAGACCCUGGCGCUCAAUGAGAGAAUCAUGCUGUCAUUGGUCAGCACAGGGGACUGUCCGUUUAUUGUGUGUAUGACAUACGCCUUCCACACCCCCGAUAAGCUGUGUUUCAUCCUGGACUUGAUGAAUGGUGGGGAUCUUCACUAUCAUCUCUCCCAGCAUGGAGUCUUUAGUGAGAAAGAAAUGCGCUUCUAUGCAGCAGAGAUUAUCUUGGGCUUGGAGCACAUGCAUAAUCGAUUUGUUGUCUACAGAGAUCUCAAGCCUGCCAACAUCCUCUUAGAUGAGCAUGGCCAUGUUCGCAUCUCUGAUUUGGGCUUGGCCUGCGAUUUCUCCAAGAAGAAACCACAUGCCAGUGUGGGUACACAUGGCUACAUGGCACCAGAGGUCCUGCAGAAAGGGACAGCAUAUGACAGCAGUGCUGACUGGUUUUCUCUGGGCUGCAUGCUGUUUAAACUUCUGCGAGGGCACAGUCCAUUCCGGCAGCACAAGACCAAAGAUAAACAUGAGAUUGACCGCAUGACGCUUACAAUGAAUGUGGAGUUGCCAGAUUCUUUUUCCCCUGAACUUAAGUCUCUGUUGGAAGGAUUGUUACAAAGAGAUGUGGCGAAAAGGUUGGGCUGCCAGGGUCGGGGGGCUCAAGAGGUGAAGGAACAUCUGUUCUUCAAAGGAAUCGACUGGCAGCAGGUUUAUCUCCAGAAGUACUCUCCACCACUGAUACCUCCCCGGGGAGAAGUCAACGCUGCCGACGCCUUCGACAUAGGCUCCUUUGAUGAGGAGGACACCAAAGGCAUAAAGCUACUGGACAGUGACCAGGAGCUAUAUAAGAACUUUCCCCUGGUAAUCUCAGAACGCUGGCAGCAAGAGGUGGCCGAGACUGUGUACGAGGCAGUGAACAGUGACACAGAUAAGAUUGAGGCACGCAAGCGAGCGAAGAACAAACAGCAGGGCCACGAGGAGGAUUAUGCAUUGGGUAAAGACUGCAUCAUGCACGGCUACAUGCUGAAGCUAGGCAACCCUUUCCUGACUCAGUGGCAGCGCCGAUACUUCUAUUUGUUUCCCAACCGUGUAGAAUGGAGAGGAGAAGGCGAGUCUAGGCAAAACCUUUUGACAAUGGAGCAGAUAGUGACUGUGGAGGAGACACAGAUCAAGGACAAGAAAUGCAUCCUACUGAGGAUCAAAGGAGGGAAGCAGUUUGUCCUUCAGUGUGAGAGUGACCCAGAGUUUGUACAGUGGAAGAAGGAGCUGAACGAGGCAUUCACCGAAGCCCAGAAACUGCUACGCCGUGCUCCCAAAGUCAUCGGCAAGGGCAGGGCUGGUGUGGUGGAACUUUCCAAACCACCGCUUACACAUCGCAAUAGCAACGGCCUGUGAACCAUCACCGCCACCCCACCAUUCUCUAUUGGCCCCUCGUCCCCUCCCACCCAUCCACCCAUAAUCCACAUAUCCUCACACUCACUCACACACACACGAGUACGCACUAUGUCACCUGUUCCUAUAAUCACAAAUGCUCCCCCAUGUGCUCAUUCAGGCUUCUAAAGAUGAACCUCCACCACUGGAGGGUUCUGCUGGACCAUUUAACAGUCGUUUCUGUUCUGUUCUACAGGCGCACACAUUUGCAACUUGACACGCUGGGGUGGUUACCACUCCAAGAUAAUGUUAAAGGACCAUUGAUGUCAGUGCUGAUCUAGGAGUAUAUGUUGACUAGUAUGUACACUCAAGUGGGGCAGACUGAGACUUUCUGCCUUUUUUUCUGGACUUUUCUCCCCCUGCUAAACUCCCACCCCCUCCUUUUGCAUCUGUGAAGCUCCUCCUCAUCCAAGGCUUUUUCCCCCCAGGCAUCAACUGUCCUGCAGCCAGCCACACAUGUACAUAGACUGAAAUGUGAUGCUGUGGGGAGCUAAAUCCUAUGCCUUUGCCAUUUAUUACUUCUGCUGUGAAUGUGUGGGCUGAACUUAUCACUUUAGAGCUCUCUGUGUGAAGAUGCAGAUAGUAGAUCCUUACAUGCAAGACAGUGUGUAGGAUGCUGUUGUAGGGCAAUAUUGAGAUCUCUGCAGUGCAAGCUGGUAGGACCUCUUUCUGUCUGCCUUAGGAAGUCAUCUGAAGUUGAAUGAAAUUACAUCCUUCAAAAUAUGGAGAUCUAAUCAAAUGAAAGCAUGUCUCAUGAAAUGGCUUUUAAGAUGUCCCUUCUCUUGUCUUGUCAUGGCCCUUUUUGGAUUAGCCAAGGCCACCUUAUUGAUUGGCCCAUUCGUUAAAGAUAUGCUGUCUGACCCAUCUUUUCAAUGUUGCUGACUCACAGUGUGACUAAACAGAACUCAUCUUACAGGUUUUAUGUUUUGCAAAUGGACCACAUAAAUGGAUGCUGAUUAGUGGACUGUGGUGGUUAGGUCAUUAGCCAUCGCGCUCCCUACCUCCCUCCUCUCUGCUUGAAUUGGCUCCUCCCUAACUUCCUGAGUGUGCUAUAGGUGACGGAGAUUCAGGAAAGCAGUAAGAGUAGCACUCUUUCUUGAGUUGAGAGUAAAUAAGGUGUGAUUGACUGAGGGUAGUUUUUGGUAUUCAGCUCCUGAGAGACCAAAUUGAGUUACUGUGGCUGAGUGAGUGCUUGCAUGCAGUACUAUGGUGUGUGUGUGUGUGUGUGUGUGUGUGUGUGUGUGUGUGUGUGUGUGUGUGUUAAUUUGUUCAUUCACAAGAAAAAAAUGUACCUUAAAAGCAGGUGGCCCAUGCAAGUGUCAGCAGGAAACAUUCCCAUCACCCCCCCCACCCCCCACCCCCCGAUUUCGCUGCUUCCCUUAAUGCCCCAAACCUUAAAAACCCACAUACUGAAGUGCAAAAAGUGCCAACAGGAAAAGUACUUAAAUAAACAUUUUACUUAAGAGACCUGAGGAUUCUUCACAACAAGCCUGCUUGAUUCUGGCUAGGCUCCACUGCAGAUAUCAGAAUGGAAAUGGACUCCAAGAAUGGAGCACAAUAUAGCAGCAGAGGUGCAGGAUCAUGACAUGAGAGCACCAAAAAACUGCAUCUCCAGUUCUCCAUUCAAAAGGACCUCCUUCAGGAAUGGACUUUGAAACAGUGGCACCGGUCUGAUGGACAAAAACAUGGCGAUUUUAGUCUGGGGACCACUUGAAAGAAAUUGAGCAGCAUAAGAGUCCUAACCCAACUGUACAUAAGAACCUUUCCUUUCUCUGUGCAUCUACAGUAUACUCUUCUUGAAAAUGUUUGCAUAUAUGGGGAAUCGUCUGUCUGCCUGUCUGUGUUUCUGUCCCUAUGUCUCGGCUUGGGGGAUAGUGGGGGUGGGUUCCGUUUGGCCACUUUCAGUCAGUCAGUGUGCAUACCUCAGGAUGAGACAGAUACAUCAGUGUGGAAGUCCAAAAGAACUAGUGGCUUAUCUCAUAGUGAGGUGCACAAGGUUUUUAAUCUGUGUUUCCCCAACAGAAGUCUCUGAGACGCCCUGCAUAUGUCGAUCCGUGUUGGCAUUAUCCAUCUGCAGGCAGACAGACUGUUAAUCAAAGACAGAAGUGUGUUUGUGUGUCAGUGUCCUAUGCCCAGUGAGGAAAUUCACGCAGGCGUUUGAGAAGGUGAAUGGAUAGAGAUGGUAGGGGGGGGGGGUAACUUUAAACCAUUCAUUGUAAUGCUUGAUUUCAGUAUAGUUUUAAUUUUUAUAUUGUUUUGAAUGUGACAAUGCAGAUUUCUAUAGAUUACUUAUUUUUGAAGUAUGUACUUUUUCUUUUGACUGGCUAAUAAUAAGCACAGUAAAAAGGCAUAAAAAGGCAGUUUUGAAUGCAAUUUUAGUUUUUUUUUCCCUUUUUUUUUCUUUGUAUAUUUCAGGUUUCUCCAUGCAGUAAUGUUUUUUUAAAGUGAUUUCUUGUCCAUGCAUUUUGAACGGAAACUUUGAUUUGCAUGUGACCCUGGGUUUUGCUAAGAAAUUGCAGGGUUUGGGAUUAAUCUGUUUUUGUAGCCUUUAAGUGUUGAGGAGGUGCCAUCCUUAAGGAAGAUAUUUUUCAGCCCUUCAAGGGACUUAUUUUGAAACCAAAAUGGUUUGGAUGUUUGAAUUAUCACUGCACUUUUUAACCACCGACUUCACAAGCUGACAAAAAUGUGCCAAACAACUGUAUUAGAAGAUUGUCCUGAACCAAUGAAAUACUCCUUUUAUGGCGUAGCCCUCACUGACCACAGUUCACCCUCUCCAUUCCCUGCAUUUUAAGGCCAAAACUGGUACGUUUUUACGAGUGAACAAAAGUGUGUGUUGAGGAAGGGCACAAAUUGUGACCAAAUUUAAGUGAUCCAGCAGGCUGGGAGAGACCCUGACAAGAUGGUCUCUGAUGGACUGAAAAGUAGCUAGCCUCCAAGCUACCAGCGAUCACUGGUACCUGUAGAAACAUUUACCUUAACUCACCCAGUUCUUAAAGACUGUGGCACCUCCACCAAUCCCAAAUAUUCACGUUUUAUUCAGGGGUUUUAUAUUUUAUUUUAAUGGUAGGUUGUCAUUCACUAUUUUAAUGUUGGCUUCUUUUCAAAUGCUUGUGUGUCUGUCCGUAGAGGUGAAUUUGUCUGGCAAACACGGAUUUCAAAAUGAUUGACAAAAUAAGUAACAGAGGACAGUAAAUAGGAAAAAAACUAACGAAGUAAAUAUAUGUGUAUGUGAAAUGACAGAUGAGUUAGGCUUAUUUAAAAGAAACAACAUAGAAACAAAAAAAUGUCUUGGGAUGGGAUUGGGUUUGAUGUGAGUUUCAAAUAUUUGUGGUGAAGAAUCAGCUCAAAUCUUGCACAUAAGUUUAGAUAGUGUACUUAUGACUUACAGAUUAUUAUUUUUGUCUGUUUAAUGCAAGAUUCUCUUGCUCUCUUUCAUAUUUAUUGUCAGGUUGGGGAGCUAGCCCCUCUGUGCUAAGAAUCCAUGUAUCUGGGUUUCAAUAGAGCACAGAGCUGUAGAAGAUUCCGGUUUACAGUCACCAGAACAUUUUUUCUUUUUUUUUGUUUUUUGGGUUUUUUUUUUUGUGCCGCAAAUAAACGCAAAUACUACUGUCUGGGGGUAUUACAGUUAAGGUUGUUGUUGUUGCUGUUGUUGUUAUUAUAAUUAUUAUUAUUAUUGAUGAAGAUACUCAAUGAAUGAAUUUUUUUUCCUUCCCAGAGAAGCUAGGAACAUGUGUUGAACUGCCCAUUAAAAACAGUUCAGAAAUAAAAGCCCAUUUUCCGUGUU